AUGAAACACCUAAAGUUAUAUGGCAAUUUAUUGUGGAUAAAGAUGGUGAGACGGAAGGAGAACCUUACGUUUGAAAACCUGGUGGCAACAGUUGAAAGUCUGAAUUUAGAAGACGCUUUUUCAAUGGAUGACCUUUAUGAAGAAUAUACUUGUGUUUGUCCACACCUUCAAACAAAUUCUACCAGUACUGAAGUGGAUGAUGACCUCAACACUGAUGUUAUAUGGUCAACAAUAUUCAUGAAAGCUGGACCUGAAAAACUGCCAAACCUCUUAAAAGUGGUUGCUUUUGUCAUCAGCAUUCCAUGCUCAAAUGCAGCAGUUGAAAGAGUCUUCAGCAUGAUGGGAUGGGUCUGA